AGGUACACCGCGGGAAGGAAAGCCCGCUUUUUAUCGCCUAGCAAGGAGUUCUUCUUCGUGUUUGCGACCCAUAAACAUAGCUCAACUUUUCACAAACGCAACACCCGCGCGAGGGACAACCAUUUAAGUUUAAGCCUCCGAUCGAUCGAGCGAGCGAGCGAGCGAGGGAAAGAUAAACCCUAAUGUUCGAAUCGUAACACCUCCCAAUUCUCCCUUCAUUUUCCCUCCACCGUUAUUUUCUAUUUCAUUUUCCCUCCACCUGCUUCCGCUUCGAUUUCCGUACCAUCGCUUCCACACCUUAUGGCGACCGAAUCCGGCGCGAACGGUCCUUCGUCCAGUUCCGCGGAAUCUUUCAUUGGUUGCUUCAUAAGCUUGAUUUCCAAGUGCGAGAUUCGCUACGAAGGCGUUCUCUAUUUCCUUAACAUUCAAGAUUCCACCAUCGGCUUGAAGAACGUUAGAUCCUAUGGAACAGAGGGGAGAAAAAAAGAUGGUCCACAAGUUCCUUCAAGUGAUAAGGUUUAUGAAUACAUUCUUUUCCGAGGAAAUGAUAUUAAGAAUUUGCAGAUCAAAUCACCCACCCCAUCUUCCAAAUCAGAAGAGCAGGUUUUUAGUGAUCCAGCUGUUAUUCAGUCAGAAUAUUCUGGGUUGCGAAGUUCUCCAGUGGGUGAGCUGCCAAGUUCUCCAGUGGCUGGGUUGCUAAGUUCUCCAGUGGCCUCAGUUGGUGGCAGAAGUUUGACAGAAUCAAUUCAAAGGCAAGAUAGCCCUGCAAUAUCCAGUAAAGCCUUUCCUUCUGGGUUGCCUUCUCAUCAGUCUGUAACUCAGCUGGGACCUUCAAAUUUAUCUGAUGCUACUCAAGUUGCUAGUCAUCCAUCUUUUUCUGCAGCAAUGUAUUGGCAAGGUCCCAGUGGGAUAUCUAGCAGUAGUUAUCAUUCUCUGCUACAGUCUAGUUCUCUUCACCCCACAUCACUGGCAGCAUCCUUAGUUGUGCAGAAUCAGAUGCAAAAUGCAGAAACUCAGGUACCUAUAAACGGGGGAUGGACAGGUUUAUCAGAGUAUGGUCUACCUGUAUCUUCUGCCAUGACUUCUCUUGUAAAUCAGACUCAUUCACCUUCUCUUACCUCUUUAAAAAAUUCUGAUUCUCUUGAUAUUCCAUCCCUUUUGUCUACUAAGACACCUGUGUCAUAUUCUCCAUCCAUGACUUUUGAUGGAUCAAACAUGCCUCAGUUUUCUUCAACACUCCAAGACAUAAAUUCUAUUCAAGCUCAAAUAUCUGGAAACAUUUGUCCUGACCCAAGGCCAAUUCAUCCUCAACAUUCUGUCCAUCGUUCUGCUCCUUCAUAUGUAGAUUCUACUUCAGGUUCCUUGCCAACAGCAACUUCUUUGUUAACCCCGGAUCAAUUUGCCUAUCCUAGAGAACAGUUAUUGUCUUUAUCACAUUUAAACCCUACUCAGAAGGACAUGGGUUCUCUGACUCUAACAUCCUCUGGUUCCUCUGCAUUAAUUCCUUCUCCAGCAUCUCAGGCACCAUUGCUUCCACUACCAACUUCAGUGCAAAAGCCUCCAUACACAGCUCCACAAUACACUGAGGAGUUUGAUUUUGAGGCCAUGAAUGAAAAGUUCAAAAAAGAUGAAGUAUGGGGUUCUCUUGGAAAGACAACUACAAAAAUAGAGGGAGUGGCGAAUAAUGCUUCUCUCAGUUUGGGUGACAGAGAAUGUCAUGGGGUGAUACCAAACCCUAAGACUGCAUACAAGAAAGAUGACUUUUUUGAUACAAUUUCUUGCAACUCUUUGACUCAUGGAUCAAGGAAUGGACAAAAUCGUUUCUCUGAGAGAAUGAAACAGGAUACUGAGACAUUUGGCAAUUUCCAGCAGAGGCCUAAUUUUACUAAUGGUGGUUAUGGUGCUGGACGGGGUGCUAAUUUCAGGGGCUCAAAUAAUUGGGGAAGGGGUUAUGGCUACAAUGGGAGAGGGCGUGGUCCAAACUUUCCUUUCUAGUGGUGUCCAGAUUUUCUGUUUUACUCCUGUCUUCCAAAGCUCCCCGCCAAUUUUGCCAAUGUUUGCUGUGUUAUCUUUUGGCUUUAUGUCAAUGAUGUUAACAUGCUUUUGGAACUUUGAUGCCUGGAUGCUAGAAUGUCAAACUUACAAAUGACUGCCAUGUUCAUGUUUUUUUUGGGCUCAUGAGCUGGUCUUUUUGACGUUUCAAGUAAUUACUGUCCAUAAUUCUCUAUAGCAAUCAGUGCCAGAUGAACUCCUUACUGUUA